UUAUUAUCUCAGUUUAAAAUAAACAAUAAUAAAAAUUAAAUAACUAUAAUGUCAGAGUCAAAAUGGAUACUUCAUUACUGGGGCGGAUUUGUUGGGCGAGCAGAAUUUGUUAGACUUAUUUUUGAAGAAGCAGGAGUUCCAUUUGAAAACAAUUCUGACCAUUGCGAAGAAUGGUUCCGUAAAGGGAAAUGCAGAUUUGGUGAGGCCGGAAUAUUUCCUUCCUUCGCUCCACCGCUGCUGCAGAAAGGAUCUUUCUAUUUAUCAUCAACACCUGCUAUUUGCAAAUAUCUGGGCAAGCAAUUUGGUUUUUUUCCGAAAUCUGAAGAAGACCAGGCUCAUGCUGAGCAAGUUAACAAUGCUAUUCACGAUUACAUCGGCGAAGCAAGACUUGCAUUUCAUGGAGUGAACCACCUUGCUUCCUACUUCGGACAGGAGAAAGAGACCCAAGUCUACAUUGACAGAUUUAUAGCGGAACGUCUAAUGUUGUGGCUGAAGCAUUUUGAGGCUGUUUUGAGACACAACAAGGGAGGAAGUGGAUUUGUUAUCGGAGAUACAUUGACCUACGUAGAUUUAGCUCUUUUACACAUUCUACGAGCGACAGAAGCCCAAUUUCCGGAACAGUGGAAAGCUGCAGCAGCAGAUUAUGCAAAGUUACUUAACGGUUUCAAGGCGAGGAUUUCUGCACGUCCGAAUCUCGCAGCAUAUUUGGCGUCAGAGAGAUGUGCGAAAUUUUCUGGGAAUAGCAUGAUGUAGAGCAGAGUUUCCCAAAAUGGGGUGCGUGUACCCUAGGGGGUACGGGGUACAUUUAGACUCUUCGAGGAAUACAUUAGAUUAAAUAUAUUCUUCCAAUUUGCCUUACAAUAUUUUGAUCACCUGAUGUUAAAAAUUUGGAUACUCCAUAAGUGUGUGUACCAAUAUGGAGGUAACUAAUUUUGUUCGCCUACUUUACAUCAAGUUAUGUAAAGGGACUGAAACCUAUGGGCAGGGGUAUAUUCACUUGGCUAACACAGACAGUCCUCAAACUCGUAAUAGAACUAAAAUAACGAAAAUCGGAAUAAAAUCAUGCCCUAACCUGGUACACAUACUACAAGUGUACCCCAAUUUGACCUGACAUCCUUAGAAAGUCACAUUUUCACCAAUGUAGAACCACAGUAACUAACAUAUUUAAUUUCAUAGUUUCCAUGACUUAUGUAUUCUAAUCACGGUAUGUGGUACAAUUUUGGGAUUACACAAGCGAAUAUUAAAUUAUUCAAAGACUAUCGAGGAACUGAAAGUAUAUAUAUACUCGUAUAUAAUCAACACAUGAAAUUUUGUAAUUUUCAUUAUUCAAUAUGCCCAAGCCCCUAAAUGUGGCCAUACACCCCCUUAAAACACUCCUAAACAGGCCUUGAAUUCUUUUUUUCACACUCGAGAUUAUCCAUUGUGCAUGUAUUGCUGUAGUAUAACCAAUUUACUUCAGUUCACAUUUUAAGAUUUUGUGGAAAUUGCAUUUUUUUAUAAUAGUCUUGCUUCUAACAGCCGAUCCUAGUAAGAGGCAUAACACAAUACAAGUCUGUUGAAUUGUGAAUGUGCACUAAAAUAUUCCUAUAAAUGUAUUCCUUGUUUAAAUAAAAUUUUCUGUAUAAAUUCAAAAAUUUGACGAAUCAUCGGUAUGGAUUAAAGUAUUCAUUAGGCCGAACCCCUUUUGCAAAUAUUUGCCUAAAAUUUUUCGAGUGUUCGUUGAGCGGAAAAGCAAAUUUAGUGUCUUUCAAAAUAUUUGAUUGUUAUCUUGGUCACCAUGAGUUUGCUGAAAUGGCGCUUUUGGACACAAAUUUAACAGAUGGAUCGUUUGUUAAAUUGUUGUUGUUACUAUUCUUGCUGUUGUUGUUGGUAAUAAAUCUCUUGUAACUACUAGACCAAAUGCUUUAAAAAUUUUUAGUUGGUAAAAAUUGUAUUUUUUUCUCAAAGGCUAUUACU